UUUAUUUACGAAAAAUUAAAAUUUUACUCAUUUUUCGUAAACACAAUUAAAGUACUUUUAUGGUUAUUUAAACUGUACAUGAAAUAACACUUGUGUAGAAGAAACUUGCAGCUUGGUACGUAGUAAAUUAAGAAAGACUUUAGAUCCUUGAAAAACAGAAAAAUGAAAUAUAGGUGCAUAGCAUGUGAUAUGAUUUUUAAUGAUAAAAAUUUAUUAAUUUUUCAUCAAAGAAAUCAUGCAUACGAAAAACAUCGGUGUAAAAUCUGCCUACAAGGAUUUUUAACAGAAAAAGCUUCAGUAGAACACAUAAAUGACAACCAGUCAAAAGCGAAACCUUAUAUUUGUGAACAGUGCUCUAAGGGUUACAAAACUGAAAAAGUUUUGCUUACUCAUCUGAAAAUGUGUGCAGAAAAACCGUAUAAAUGUACAACUUGUCCCGCAGAUUUUUCAACUGUAAAAAAACUAUUGCAGCACAACAGGGAACACGAAAUUUUAGCACCUCCCACUCAAGUAUUACAGGAACUAUCGAUGAAAGCGAGUCCUUCAACUCGAAACGUGGAACAACCAUGGAUAAAAGAGGAACCUACAAAUCGAAAUGUGCUGGUCCCGUGGAUGGAGGCUGAUCCUUCUGCUCAAAACGUGCAACAACCAUGGAUGCAAGCUGAUCCUUCUACUCAAAACGUGCUAAAACCUCGGAUGCAAGCUGAUUCUUUUACUCAAAACGUGCAACAACCAUGGAUGCAAGCUGACCCUUCUACAAAAAACGUGCUAGAACCACGGAUUCAAGCUGAUUCUUCUACUGAAAAUGUGCAACAACCAUGGAUGCAAGCUGACUCUUCUACACCAAAUCUGCUGUUACCACAGAUGCAAGCUGCUUCUUCUACUCAAAACGUACAACAACCGUGGAUGCAAGCUGAUUCUUCUACUCAAAACGUACAACAACCGUCGAUGCAACCUGAUUCUUCUACUCAAAGGGUGCAACAACCGUGGAUGCAACCUGAUUCUUCUACUCAAAACGUGCAGGAACCAGGGAUGCAACCUGAUUCUUCUACUCAAAACGUGCAGGAACCAGGGAUGCAACCUGAUUCUUCUACUCAAAACGUGCAGGAACCAUGGAUGCAAGCUGAUUCUUCUUUUCAAAACGUGCUGGAACCAUGGGUGCAAGCUGAUUCUUCAACUCGAAAUGUUCAACAGCCAUAAAUGCAUUCAGGAACCUUUGUCAAUGAUAGGCUUUGUCAUUCAUUAGCAUUCGUUGUUCCACCAAUGUGUAAAUCACUCCGAAUAGAAUAAAACAGUGAAAGAUAAAUGUCAUAAUAAUCGCUACUUCUACUUUAGUUGUUGAGUGUAGCAGGGAAUUUUUUUUACUUUUAAUGUAAUUUGGAAAUUUUUCUCUGUAUUUUUAAUUCAUUUUAUUGUUAAGUUUUGCUGAUAAAUCUCUGUGAAAUGCUGUUAAA